AUGCUACGAAUUUUGGUUCUAGCCGUGACGGUAACCUUGGCGUUGGGGGCUGCGACAAAUGUCCAGAUAACCAAUGAAUGGCCUGGAGGCUUCCAGGGCACGUUCACAAUACAUCCAGACAACGCACUGCACGGUUGGAAAGCUCAUCUCCAAUUUUCCAAGCCCGUCGAUAAACUUGAGAUCUGGAAGGCCUCUGUUGUAUCCACAUCUAAUAAUAAUCAAGAGUAUGUGGUGCAGAACGUCCCCGGGGUUGGCGAGAUUGGCGGCGGGGCUAGUCUUGAUGUUAUAUUUGUUGCACGAGCUGGCGGAGAUCACGCUGGUCCCGUGAGAGUAUUCGUAGAAGGCGUGGAUUCAGGAUCAAGUUCGAGUGGUGGCAGUUCCAGUUCCGGUGGUGGCAGUACUGGUGGUGGAUCAUCCGGUGGUAGCGGAUCUUCGGGCGGAUCAGGGACUCCUAUUUCCGGCGGAAGUUCGUCACUCGGAUCCUCGACUAAGUAUGACUACGGAGCUGCCCUCGGUCUGUCCAUCUUGUUCUACGAUGCUCAACGGUCUGGUAAACUGCCUUCAAACAACCCUAUCCCGUGGCGAUCUGAUUCAGCUCUUGGGGACGGAAGUGACGUGGGAACGGACUUGACCGGAGGCUGGUAUGACGCGGGAGACCUUGUCAAGUUCAACUUCCCGAUGUCAUCAACAACCACAAUUUUGGCCUGGGGCUUGUCCAAGUGGAAGGAUGGUUACCAGGCAGCGGGGCAGCUGGAAAUGAUGUACGAUUGUAUCAAAUGGCCACUCGACUACUUCCUGAAAUGUUGGAAACCAAGCCAGAACGUAUACUACGCUCAGGUUGGUAAUGGUGGAACUGAUCACGCAGUCUGGGGCAGACCGGAAGACAUGCAUAUGAGCAGACCAUCAUACAAAGUUGACACCGGAAGACCCGGAAGUGACGUUGCAGGAGAAACUGCCGCAUCUCUUGCUGCUGGAUCUAUUGUUUUCAAAUCCAGAGAUGCUGGUUAUUCUGCUAAGCUGUUGACAGCUGCAAAGAGCUUGUACGAGUUUGCAAAGAAUCAUAAGGGUAUCUACUCCCAAAGUGUCCCUGAUGCUCAGAGCUAUUACGGGUCAACAGGGUACAACGAUGAACUUUGUGAGGCAUCAGCGUGGUUGUAUAAAGCCACACAAGAGGGACACUACCUUGAAGAGGCGAAGGGCUUUUACGAGAAUGACGUCAGCUGGGCAUUGUCAUGGGACGACAAGAAGGUCGCUUGUCAGCUGCUUUUGUGGGAAAUUACAAAGGAGGCUAAAUAUAAGUCAAACGUUGAAGCGUUUAUCAACAGCUACAAGCCAGGUGGUGGUAUAACAUAUACUCCAUGUGGACUUGCUUGGAGAGAUCAGUGGGGCAGUCUCAGAUAUGCUGCAAACGCAGCGUUUGUGGCGCUGAUGGCCGCUGAAGAUGGAAUCGGAGGAGCUGACUACAAGACAUUUGCUCUCUCCCAGAUCAACUAUAUCCUAAAGGACAACAGGCAACAUAUGAGUUUUGAGAUUGGCUUCGGUAGCAAUUAUCCCAAACAACCUCAUCACAGAGGAAGCUCCUGUCCCGGCGCCGGCUGUGGAUGGAACGACUACAACAGCGGCGGAGACAACCCACACGUUCUCAAAGGUGCUCUUGUCGGUGGGCCUGAUCAAGGAGAUAAUUACGCCGACAAAAGGUCAGACUACACCAAGAACGAAGUCACAUGCGAUUACAAUGCUGGAUUCCAGUCAGCACUUGCAGGUCUGUCAUCAAUGGCUACACGUGGGGAACUCCCAGCAUCACCAGCCGCUAAAUGUUAA